GUCUCGUGGCGGAGCAGCCGCUCCACCGGUCCCGCAGAUGUUCCCCUUCCCCCUCCUCCCCUUCCUCCGCCUCCUCCUCCUCCUCCUCGCCCCCGGCAGCGCGGCAGCCGGCCCGGGGAUCACAGCCCGCACACUCGCUCCGUGCUACUCGGCGGACCUCAGGCCGGCCUCGGGGCGCCUGGUCUCGGCCGUGGGCUGCACCGUGCUGCUCACCGUGCCACGGCUGCGGGUGGGCAGGCUGGUGUCCUGGGAGUACAGAGCUGGCACGGAGCAGGGAGUCAUCCUCCGCUAUGCCUUCGAUCGGCCCCCCAGCACGUCUCGCCCCUACGAGAACCGCACGAGGUUCAACGAGACGAACCUCUCGCUGCAGAUGGUGCUGCGGCGCGACGACGGGCGGCUGUACCGCCUCAGCUCCGAGGAGGAGGCCACAGACUGGUUCCAGCUGCUCGUUGUUGAACCGCUGUCUGAGCCAGAAAUCGUGGGCAACUCGUCGGUGAAGGCGGGGGACGACACCAAACUGGUCUGCAACGUCCUGAAAGGGAAGGCAGACUUGUACUGGUGGAAGAAAAACGGGAAGCUGCUGCUGGGAAGUGAGCACAUCCAGUUUGAGGACAACACCACACUCUGCAUCGUCAGGGCGUCGAUGAGGGACAGCGGGUACUACGCGUGCGUGGUGCGCAACGCCGUGAGCCAGAACGAGACCUCCUUCCUGCUCCAAGUCCACAACUCGGCGAACGUGGUGCUGCCCGUGGUCCUGGCGUGUGUGGUGGUCGGCUGCCUCGCAGGUAUCUUCGUCUGGUGCAGGGAAAUGGAGAUGCCAUUUUUGCUCUGUAGGUAGAGCUGCCUCAGCUGUUCCCUCGCUGCCCUUCCCUGAUGAUGGAUGUUGCUGGGAAUACCGGGUGUUCCAUCCAGUCCUAGCCUCUCCUGGGCUCACCUCUGAAGUGUUCAAGCUGCUGACACCCACAAUUUUUUUGGAAAACACCGGCUUGGACUGUU